AUGCCUCCCGGCCUGCAGCAGAGCGCGACGCAGCGCGUCUCGCAGUGCCUACUCAGCACGAUGUGCUCCCAGCGCGAGGAGCCGGCGCGCCAGAUGUCACAGGCGCAGGAGGACGACCUGCGCGGCUUCUAUGACCAAUUAAUGCGGCGGCUGCAAGCCGACGGCUGGGCGGAGGGUUGGUCGGCCGUCAAGUCGCAGAUUCUCGAAGCGGCGGGGAGCGGCUCGGUGCUGUGUGGCCGGUUUGGGCUGUGCGACAUCGUGGUCGGGCACGAGAAGCGUGGCGGGGUGGAGGGCGAGAACCUGCUCAUCGGCCGCGUGCAGUUCAUCGCGCUCCGCACGGCGCACGAGGUUGCCAUCUUCGACUGCUGGUCCAAGUGCGGCACGAGGACCGUCGAGCGGAGCGACGGGCGCGCGCCGCUGCUCUCGUCUCGGCCCGGCUCGCGCCGCGUGCUCCUGUUCGCGCCGGGCGAGCGGUUCGUGCUCGAGGUCGGCGAGACGGCGCGCGUCACCUUCAACCCGCGGGCUGCGGCUGCGUAG